CGCGAGGAGGUCGAGCGCAUGCUCUUCUUCGAGGACGCGCGAGCGCGCGCCGAGGCCGAGCACAGACAAAACCCGCACGACGCGCAAGUGCUCACGCGAUGGGGCGGCGCGCUGCUGGAGCUGGCGCACUUUCGACAGGGCCCAGAGGCCGUGGACAUGAUCGAGGAGGCGGUGGAAAAGUUUGAGAGCGCGUUGGAGAUCAACCCGAAGAAACACGACGCGCUGUGGUGCCUGGGAAACGCGCUGACGAGUCAAGGAUUCCUGUUCCCGGAAGCGCGCGAGGCGAUGAAGUACUUUGAAGAAGCGAAGUCGUGCUUCCGACGGGCGCUGGAGGAGGAGCCGAAUAACGAGAUUUAUCGCAAGGCGCUGGAGAUGACGGAUAAAGCGCCAGGUUUGCACGCAGAGUUGCAGCGA